GAAGGUUGAUAACUAGCAUCAUGAGACAGAUUACCCUGAAUUAACCCUGUUGUCCAUCAAUGAAGAAAAUGUUUCUCAUGUUUGUUUAUCUCUCUUUGUGCUUUUUCUGUCUGAUGGGUGUGUUUGGUGAUGAAGUGAAGUCAGUGUCAGUGAUGGAGGGAGAUUCUGUUACUCUAUACAGUAAUAUUACUGACAUACAGACAGAUCAGCAGAUAGUGUGGAGGUUUGGACCUUAUGAGAUUCGUAUAGCUAAAAUCGACAAAGAAGCCCAUUCAGUCUCUACAUAUGCUGAUGUUCUUGAUGUGAGAUUCAGAGACAGAGUGCAGUUAAAUAAUCAGACUGGAGAUCUCACCAUCACAAACAUCACAACACAACACACUGGACUUUAUUAUGUAACCAUCAAAGGCAACAGAGACCUCUCAUACAGAUUCAAUGUUACUGUUUAUGCUCAUCUGCCCAUUCCUGUCAUCACCACACAAAACUCUUCAUCAUCAUCAUCUGGCUCAAAUUGUUCAUUAUUGUGUUCAGUGUUGAAUGUGAGAGAUGUGAGUCUGUCCUGGUACAAAGGAAACAGUUUAUUAUCCAGCAUCAGUGUGUCUGAUCUCAACAUCAGCAGCAUCUCUCUUCAUCUGAAGUGUCUGGAUGAUUCUUACAGCUGUGUGGUGAACAAUUCAAUCAGUAAUCAAACUCAAUAUCUCAACAUCACACAUCUCUGUCAGAUGUGUUCAGAUACAACAGGUGUGAUUACUAAUGCUUAUUUACUGAGCUGAUGUCAGAUCAGUCCAACAGAUUCAGUUGGUGUAAUGAUAUUCACUGAUCCAAGAUCAGAUUCAAUUACAGUAAUGAUAUUCACUGAUAUAAGAUCAGAUUCAGUUACAACAAUGUCUGUUAUUAUUCAUUACAGGUCUAACCUUAGAACAUAAAGUUGUGAUCUGUUGUGUUGCUGUUGGAUAUCUGAUGAUUGUCGCUUCAGUUCUGAUCUUCUGCAUCUGCAAAAAACACAAAAACACACAUCAUCAGGUUCAGACCAGUGAAGUGGAAAUCACUUACGCAGAAACAACUUUCCAGAAAAGACAAACUCCUAAACCAAGAGCUCAAGAAAAGGAUGCUGUGGUGUACGCAGGAGUCAUGUUAAAGUCAGUUUAAACAUCAGACAUACAGUUUAAACUGCUGUAAAACUCAACUGAACUGUAAAAUAUCAUUUUACUGUAAAACACAAUGGGUCUCAUUUAUCAAUCUCACAUACAGUAUAUAUGUAAAAACUGAGAAAUCACAUUUUCCAUUUGUUAAAGUAAACAAAAACACUAUUUUAAGUAUUUCAUUAUUCCUUUUCAGACAGGAAACAGCUACGCUAACUCAAAACUUGCAUAAAUGAGGUGAAACCCGACGUGAGAUUUGAUCGUAGCCACCGCGUGAGCUUGUUUAGACUUGACUCACGUCCAUAUUGAUAAAUGUCUAAAUGAGCCAAGAAACAACCAUACGCACAGUUUUCUGUCAUACGCUCAUUUCAUAAAUGAGGCCCAAAGUAUGUUAAAUCUUUUAUGUUUGUUACUGAAUGCAUCAAUUCUGGGUUGACGUUAAACAUGGUGUGAAAAGAAAUGUGGUUAUGUUCUGUUGUUGCAAAUGAGAUAUGUGUUUGUGUUUCACGUGUGGAUGUGUAGCUGUUUUUGUAUGUAAGAGGUGUUAACAGCAUGUGCAUGUUUGUGUGAAUGUUGUGUCUUUCUUUUGCUGUCUUUCACGCUACACAAAACUUAUUAUUGAAUUCAUCAAUGCUAAACAAAUAAAAUAUGUUUUUA